UUUUAAGCGGACGUAUCGCUUCCAAGCAAUCAUCGAAUCGGUUGGCAAACGUUUCUCCAUUUUUGUUACUGGCGAAAAAUCCAGUGGUCCGAACCGAGCGAACUUUCAUCGUGGAAAUCGUGGAGAUGCGAUGAAAUGGUGGAAAAAACCUGUUAAAAAGCUCAGUGAGAUUUACUCAACGAUGCCUGCACUUGGGAUCGUUUCGAUAGAGGCUGACGGUGAAAAAAGCGGCGGAAAAAGCAGGAUCGAAGGAAUCCAUCGUUCGACGGGAAGGACUAGUCGUAAAUUACAGAAAUCUGAAUCUAUAUCAAAGGCCACGAUAACGACCUCGAAUAGUCCUCUUCACGAUAAGAUCUGGGUAUCGGAUGAUGCGUGUACCUGUUUUCGAUAUCUUUCAAACGUUCGAAGGUGAUUAGCAAGGAAGGUUGCCCUGGCAUGUGCGAUCAAUCUCAAAAUAAGAUACUGUUUCGUGGCGAUAAAAAAACGCUAGAUAAUGAGCCUAACGCUUUUAACUUCGAGUUGCAUAAGAAAAUAUACAAAAGUCGAUCGCGGCUACAAAAAUGGUUGAUAGGGCUGCUGAUCUUCCUAUUCGUAUCGUUAAUCGUAAUAAACACGUUCAACACGGAACAGUUUCGAGCGGCACGGUAUGGAGCCAUUAUCAACGAUACCUCGCAAGACAAUUACGUAGAAUUGAAGUCUUUGUUCGCGUCCAUAGCGAACUCCGGUUUCAUAGUCCGCAACAAAGGUUGUCGAAUUCCAGCGAUGGAUCCUUUCGAUUCGGCGAUUACGCGAUUUAUCGAGAAGGAAAAACCACUUAUUUGCGAGCACGGAAGUCAUUUACCGCUGGUCGAUUCAAACGACACAGCCAUCUACGUAAAUCCAAAUGCGAUCGGCCAUUUUUACAACGAUUCAGGGGAAAUCGAUUGCUGCUGGCGCCCGUUCUGGCGAACGAAGGACGAAGAUAACGUUGUUACGUACGGUAACAAGUGUUUCAAAUUCGAAAACGCGACGGCCGUAAACACCGAGUUUGUGAAAGUGGAAUGUUCGCGCAACAACGAGGUGAUAUACAAGGAUUAUCACGCGUUUGUACCUCGUUUCCAAUCGGUAGAGAGCAAGUACGAGCGAGCCAGAGCGACCACUAUGAAAACUGAACAGCUCAGCGUGUUAAUAAUCGGCCUUGACUCGAUUUCACGACUAAAUUUUCAUCGUAUGAUGCCGAAUACUGUCCACGCGUUGAAAGAACUUGGAGCGGUUGAAUUUUUGGGUUACACCAAAGUGGCUGAUAACACGUAUCCGAAUUUAGUGCCAGUCUUAAGUGGCUUGUCCGAGAAAGAACUGCACGAUCUAUGUUGGCAAAAUAAAGAUAAAACGUUCGACGACUGCCCGUUUAUUUGGAAAAAUUUCAGCGCAUCUGGUUAUCGAACGGGUUUCGGCGAGGAUGCCUGCGGCAUGACGACCUUCAAUUAUCUAAAACGAGGCUUCCGAGUUCAACCGACUGACUAUUAUCUCAGACCAUUCUGUAUCGCAUCCGAGAAGGAUAUCGGUAAUACGCACAAAUUGAACGCGAAUCUCUGCGUGGGAACCAGAAAAACGUUUGAAAACUUACUGGACUACGCUAAGAAAUUCGCCUCGCGAUUUUACAGGGACCCAUACUUCGCCAUGAUCUGGCAAGCCAGCCUCACCCACGAUUUCUUCAACUAUCCGCAAUUAGGUGACGAUUCCUACUACAACCUCAUCACCCAUUUGUUCGCGAAACGGUUGCUAAAUCAAACAGCGUUGAUAGUGAUGAGCGACCAUGGCAUGAGAUGGGGCAGCUUUCGGCAGACUUAUCAAGGAAGAAUGGAGGACAGCCUUCCGUUCGUGUUCGUGGUGAUGCCUCGAUGGUGGAAGGAAAAGUAUCAAGUAGCUUGGGCGAAUUUCCGAAGAAACACGCGCAGUCUAACAACAGCUUUCGACUUGCACGAGACCUUGAUGGACAUACUGCAUUCGGAAAAUCUGCAGGAACCGCGUCUUAAGGCCCGACUUCGAGCGAUGCCGAAAGAUGAGAAUUUGCCCCGUGGAAUCAGCUGGUUUUUGCCGAUUCCUGACUACAGGACAUGCUCCAUGGCGGGUAUAGCUAGUCAUUGGUGCAUGUGUCAUAACAGCUACGAUGUUUCUUCGGAUGACGAAAGUCUUCGGGACAAGGCAGUCUUUUUGGUCUCGCAAUUGAAUAACAUGCUGAACAAGUUCGUACAAUGCGCGGUCUUGAAAUUGAAAGAAAUUAAAGCAGCGAAAGCGUGGAAGGGCGAGGGUGAAAAGAACCAACUGAUCGAUUACACCAUCACGAUUCAAACGGAACCUGGUGACGCGAUAUUCGAGGGUACGAUACGGUACAGAAACGAGAGUAAGACCAACAAGUUGGUAGGAUCUGUUAGCAGAUUGAACGCGUACGGAAAACAAAGCGCCUGUGUCGAUGAAUUCAAUAUGAGGCUAUACUGCUAUUGUUUGUAGCUUGAUCUGCUUCUUUUUAUCAUCUUUUUUUUCUUCUUUCCUUCCUUUCUUCCUUUCUUCUUUUUUUCUAUUCAUUUUUCGAAAACUUUUAGAAAUUCACUUCGACGAAAAGACUCUCGAAUGACUAUCGAACGAAAUUAGUACGGUAGCCAGUGUACUGGUACAAAAAGAAAAAGUCACACUGUGAUAAGAUACUUGCUUUAAAGAUGUGAUUCACGGUAAUCUCGUACUUAACAAAUUAAGCGUCAACUAAUAGUAGUAUCGUUUUUAUUGUGUACGAUAAUAAUAAAUACGCACAGUGUAAUAUGUUAAUACACGAAUAAGUAGUAAGUAAACGUGAUUGGCGUGGUGCAGCGAUAUUAUUGAAUUUAAACCUGACCAUAUAUACAUGCGUUCAGUCUACUAUGGGAUACAAGUGUACGUGUACAGACGUAUGUAUAAAAAUGCAAUUGCAGAGAGAUACGAUUCUUUUAUGUUACAAAAAUACAUUUUCUUCUUAUAUCGAAGCAAAUGACAGCGACUUUUAAAUACGACGUUUGAUUUGUUAAGCAUACUUAAGCAUACUGUGAAUAAUUUUCAACUAAAUUCAAAGAAAGACCUAAUAUGUGCUAGUAUUUUAAUUAUUGGACGCGACUCGCACACUUCCUCCUAUUAAAAUACUUCAUUCGUCUUUUUACAAUAAUAUGCGUUCGACGAAAAACACUGAUUACGUAAAAUUACGGCUUUGCAGCAAUGGUCCUAUUGUCCUGUAAUUACCGAAAGAUCUAACUAGCCUUCAACUCCAACAACUAUCUUCUUAUGAUUGUAUUUUCUGAAACCUUAAUUAGUAACGUUUGUAUAUUGUAUAUGAUUUUCCUAAAUUCACGUAGAACGAUGUAACUCCAAUACUUACUUAUUAUUUCUGUUUCACGUUUAUGCUACAGAUCUAUAUAUCUGUGCUAUAAAAAAGCAUAAAAUAAUUUAUUUAUUAUUUUGAGACAAGAGAAGCAGAGAAGUCACAUUAUCGGUCUAACGAUGCCUGUCUUAAGAUAGUGUCAAACUGGUUAAUCAUUCCCUUAAAAAGAAAAUAUUUACCAUGAAACGCAUAUGCGUAUAUUUUUCGAUAGGACCAUGAUAUCGUUCAAUGAUUUUGGUUCAAUGCAAAUAACUUCUUUUACCUGUGCUAAAACGAGAUGAAUGCAAGCUCGAUCGUUCAAUGGUCGAAUACAGAGUUGCAUAGAAUUAAAAGCAUCGUAAUAAUUCGUAAUAAAAUGUUUGUGCACUAAUUUUUAAUACGAUUGUAAUACGAAUCGGUGACAUACUUGAGAUAGUUAUAGAAAUUCAACUAUAAAUUAACAAAAACUACAGGUAAUUACAUAGGUAAGUACAUUAGAAUUACGUAUAAAGAUAUAAAAAUUAUAAUUUAUUUAUGGCCUCCUUUUUAUGAAAGAUUUUAAGGUUGCUGUGUACAAAGCAACAAAACGUUACAACAUACUGUGUUGUAUCUGACGAAAGAAUUAUACUUUAAUUUUUGUAAAUGAAGUGUACGCAGAGGUACUGAAAUAAAACCUUUAUAAAGUAUAAA